AUGCGUCUUUCAUUCUCUUGGGCCAUCUUACCUUUGUUAUUCUUCUCGGCUGUAGCAAGCGCAGAUGAAGAAACAGUGACUGCAGAGCCGGAAAUCUCUGUCACUGCUUCGUUCCCAGAGGACAAUCCGUUUGGCCAGAUCGUGAACGGAGAGCGCAAUCGAAUCAACUUGCUCAUUGAAAACCAGUCGGAGCUCAACGUCACGCUCAUUGCUGUCUCUGGUUCAUUCCACGACGCACAAUCGGAUGUGGUCGUAAAGAAUACUUCCACACUCCCUUAUGGUCUUCGUCUGAUUUCUGGGACGAAGGUUCAGCUGCCGUAUCAAUUUCACAGCGAGUUCAAGCCUGGAGAUAUUCGUCUCAAUCUCUGGCUGACCCACUCUGUCGAUGAUAAAAUCUAUCGUGUUACGGCGUACGAUUCAAUAGUGACUGUUGUCGAGCCCGAUUUUUCUUUCUUUGACUAUCAAGUCCUUUCUACAUAUUUAUUCACUGCAGUAUUCCUGGGUGGCCUUGGAUACCUGGCAUACAUCACUUUCGUUCCCAAGUCGAGGAAGUCACGCAAAUCGGUACCAGCUGGUGGCAAAAAUGCUAUUAGCUCUCCUGUCGGUUCAGUCACUGCUACUGGUGCGGGUGGGUACGAGGAGGAAUGGAUUCCGGAGCAUCACCUCAAAAUGAGAGGUGGUAAGAAGGCAGGCGCAGCGGGCUCUGGUGAUGAAUUGAGUGGUGGUGAGACGAGCGGCACGGAGGGGCGGAAGCGUAAGGGCCGCAAGUAA